CCCCCUCCAGUCUUUGACCAGUAUAGAGCUUUGACAGGGCUCGAGUCGUUGGUUGACUUAGCCCGGGACAAUGCAGAUACCGGGACCAAGCGUUUCAGCAAAAUUCUCCACCAGUUCCUCCCUCUACUGGGGAACUCACAGUUUCAGAACAUCCUUUUGAAGUUGGUGGGCGACAAAGAAGACGUUGAGGUAGCGAAAGCCAUUCAGAAGUCCCUACGCCCUUCCACUUCUCCAGGGCCUUGUGCCCCUUGCAGCUGGCACAAUCCUCCUCACCGCUCCCCCAAUUUCCAGCACCGUCCACGCUCAGGGCAGCCUAUUUGUUUUAGUUGCCGUCGUAAAGGCCACAUUGCAGGGUUUGGCCUUGGAAAUUGAUAAAUAAAUGUUUGUUUACUUUUUCGCUUCGGAAAAUGUGUUGUUGUUUUACUUUCGAUCUUAUGCUUCAGCUAUCAGUCCGGUCGAUCUGGGGCGGGUCUUCUUAAUAAUACUCGAUACUCUGUCUAUGACGGGGUUCCUAGAUCGGCCUGGUUGGUGGCUCCCUUUUUCCCUUAUUUACUUCUUUUUUCCAGUUCUGUGUAAAGCUAUCACAUGGGGUAUACGUGCGUUGCCCUCGUGGUAAAGUGAUUUUCAAUUUUUUCGCUUUUAGGCACCGUUUAAACUUCGAUUAAAAAACGUAUGAGAUUCCUUUAAAUCUGAUCGUUUCUGAUGUAACUGGAAAGGGGAGCCCUCCCGCUGGGCCGGUCUGCUUCCGUCUCCCGAGAUGGUAGCCUCUGGGAGGGUCCGUGAUUCGCUCGCUCUACUCCGCUUUCGGGACCCCUCCUUUUUCAUUUCGAGCUUCGUUCAUAGCAGUUUGUCUCUAUGGACUAAGAUACUUAGUGAUUCCCCCGUUCAUUCAGCCUUUCUUCGCUACCUGGAGUGUGGUGUAGAAGUCCACGAUAUUUUCUCGUCUGUUUCGAGGGUUCCUUUCAAGGUCAAGUGUAUAGCAGCCCUUCUCCCCCUCGUGCGCAUUUUACGAAUAGUAGAAGCUGUCACCCCCUUUCAGAGUUCAUCUCUAAACUUAUUCUGGAACUGGUGGUUAAUGGAUCCCUAUUGGUCUGGGGAAAAGUGGGGGUGGUGCAACCAUUUCAUUUAGUCAUGCCUGUUACAAUGGAACCCACUAAACCUCAAACGUGCCACGACGAGGGAGAUUUCUUAACCUAUGGAUCAAAGAUCUCCCCUUUUCCUUUGAUCUUUUUACCUACCUCCCUUGUUACGUCCACAAUAAUAGCUUCCAAACCACAUGCGACGACAAGAGUUGAUAUGACCAUAUCCGCGUUUCGCCAGACAGCAGGACGUACUUCGGUCUUCAGUUGAAUGGGCGGUAAUUUGUUUUUAACAAUCUCCCCUCUGGGUGGAAGGCUAGCCCGUACAUUUCUCACUCUACUGGUUUGAUCGCCACUAGCUCCAUUCGCUCCCACUGUGUUCCUUGCUCUCAAUAUAUAGAUGAUCGUCAUAAUCCGGCGCUUCAACCAUCCUUGCCCUUGGUCUGGUUUCCAGCGUGCCCAAGAGGCUGUUUAUACCGCCUGCUACAUCCUCAUCGAUCUCGGCUAUUUCAUGGGCCUUGAAAAGUCGACCCUUGUUUCCCUGCAAACGCCGAUUUUUCUGGGGUAUAUCAUAGAUUCUACUAAGACUGCAUUUGUUUAUGCCCCUCGAUAAGAAGGUUAAGUUUGCUUCUCUUAGAGAACAUACUACUUAGCCACAAGACGGUAUCGCUUAAGACUCUGUAGUAGUUUAUUGGUAAGAUAAACUCCUUUACACUUGUCGUACCUGCCGCCAGGUUGUUUUCUCGUGCGGCGCGCUUGGCCAUGUCAAAAGUACUGUCGUAUCCGAGAGCUGUUCCUGUUUCUCAUGACUUAAGGCAAGAGCUUGAACAUUGGCGUUUCCUGGAUUCGUGGUCUGGUUUUUUGCCGUGGAAGGACGAGAAACAUUUCCAGUUAACAGUCCUCUCUGAUGCGUCAGGUUCUGGCUGGGGCGGCGUCCUCCGUUUACCCGAUCAUCCUCAAAAGGAAAUUCACGGUCACUGGGAUCUCCAUCAGAGUGACCUGCCCAUUAUUGUGAAGGAAGCUAUGGCCCUUCUCUUUGUUUUGCAGAAUGUGGUUCGUCUACUCUUAAACGCCAGGGUUGAUUAUUUCUUUUAUAAUGUACCAUUGGUCGCUUGCUGGAAAAAGGAUGGCUCUAGGAACGCUCAUGUCAACGCUGUUCUUAAAGAAAUAUUCCACCUCACUUUAUCCACUAACCACCAGAUCACUUAGUUUGAACUUUGUUCCUUCUGACGAAAACCCAGCAGAUCCCCCUUCCCGAGUUCUUUUGGAUCUGGAUUGCAUGCUCAGCCUCGCUUCUUGGCUAGCUGUUCAAAGAGCAAUUGGUCCUCAUACCAUCGAUCUUAUGGCUACCCCCGAUAAUGUCCAGAGAGAUUUGGCUGGCAGGGCUCUUCCUUUCUUCUCCCCCUCACCCUCGUUUCAAGCACUUUGUGUAAAUGCUUUUUCGCACGUUAUAUCCCCGUCAUACAACGCGUAUGUGUUUCCUCCGAUUGUGCUUAUUGGCCCCUUGCUUAGAUUCCUCGACUCUCGGGGUUGCCCUUACGCCAUUGUUGUGCCCGACCUUCAUCCCAGGAAGUAUUGGUGGCCACUUCUCGUCUCCUCCUGCGUAGGUUCAUUCAAGCUUGGUUGUAGAGGGCAACAGGACAUCCUGCUCUUUCCUGCCGAUAAGAUUUCCGGUAUGGAGUCUAGACCACUUUAGUGGGACUUAGGGGCGUUUCGAAUUUGUCCGGUCUAGGUCCUUAUAAAUGUAAGAUACAGUACCCCCAUUUUCUAAUUUACGCUCCUAUAAUGCUGCGUUGGUUUAUGAUUGUUUUAUUAAAGUGCAGUGUGUACUUAUAAUCGUUUCUUUUUUUUCGUUUUAUCCUCUCCUCACUCCUCUGUUAAUGUUCCUCGCAUUUGGAGGCCUGCCUCCUUAUGUCCCGAUUGUUCCUACGCUAAAGACGCUGGAUUUAACUUUUGCCAACAUUGUGGGUUUCAAUCUGCUCCUCCUUCAGUUUCCGCAAGAACGUCUAGAGUUUCUCUUGAUCUGCCCGCCAUGGAUCGUCGGAUUUCCUCCCUCUAAUCAGUCAGAGCUGCCAAGCCAUACGAAAGGAAGAAUUGUAGUUUGCAGUGAGAUCUAGAGUCGUCUUUAUCCCCCCUUGCUUUCCCCAAUUCUCCGAGUUCAGCUUCACCUAAAGACGUUAUAAGAUUCCUCGUGUGGAAGGACUCUAAAGGGAAGACCAAGAUCCACUCGCCUUGCUGCCCUAAUUUCAUUCUAAACGGACGUGUGGCAGCCCUACCAGGUUAGCUGCUGGUACAGUUAAUAGCAUGUUGGGAAACAAAGUUCCAUUUUAAUUCCGUCGGCCGUUCAGGUGAUUGGUCUGGUUUAUCUCCUGGUAACCCGCGGGUCAUCCAUCGGUAAAGAAAUAGCUUGCGCUCGUUUCCGAGGAACAGGCGAAGGCUAGAUUUUCUCCUCCCCAGGUUGUGCCAUUCUUCAUAGACACGUUUUCUAAGUUAUGUGCUUACUUACGUCACCAAGUGUUUCUUCAUUCCAUACCCGUCUUAGAAAGAUAUAUCUUAAGCCGUCAUCUGGCAUUUUUCUGUCUCGACUUUUACUUAGGCGACAGAUAGCCAACCUCAUGAGUAUUGAUCUUCGAGAAGGGUUUCUCUUUCGUGCUACCGACCCUCAGGAUUGCGUGUCUCCAAAGCCCUUCGUGGGCUCUACUGUAGCUGACCGUCUUCGCCUUCAUCCCAAGACGUUAAAUAUUGACGGCGGGGAAACCAUGCACAGUUUUAGGGGCGGUUGUUCUAUGACCCUGUCCCUUCUAGGUGCGUCUGAUGACCAAGUGGCUGGGGAAGUUGGUUGGAAAAGUUGUGGAUAUGGCGCUUCAAGCUUCUCUCCUUGCCCAAGGCUCUGUUAG